AUGGCCGGGUACAUGCCAAGGGUGAUUGUGCUGACCAAGAGGCAGGGCCAGUCGUUUGGCUUUCUCCUGAGGGUGGAGCAUGGAGAGGAUGGACACCUGAUCCGCUCCCUGGAAAUGGGAAGUCCAGCUGAGUUGGCUGGCCUGAAGGAUGGAGACCGAAUCCUUCGGGUCAAUGGGACCUUUAUUGAUGGCAUGUCCCAUUCAGAGGUGGUGGACCUGGUAAGAGACAGCGGAGCAUCAGUCACUUUCCACGUUAUGGACGCAGUCACCUACAAGAAGGCCAAGGAAGAGAGAGUGGACCUGUCUGACCCUAAGGCCAAGCCAGUUGUCAACGGCGUGGCCAAACAGACACCGAAACCCAAACUCUGCUACCUGGCCAAGUCCAGCUCAGGCUUUGGAUUCUCUCUGCGUUCAGCCAGGGGUGAGCAGGGUUUGUCCAUGACAGAGGUGAUACCAGGGAGCGUGGCUGACAAGGCAGGGGUCAGAGUCAAUGACCGUCUGGUGGAGGUUAACGGGGAGAACAUAGAGGGUGCCACGCACGACCAGGUGGUGGAAAAGAUCAAGGCGGCAGGCAGCAGCAUCAUGUUUCUACUGGUUGAUGAGGAAACAGACAGAUACUACGAGAACAAGCACAUGAGGAUCAGAGCUGGGCAAGCCACAAUCAAGCACCUCCCAAACAAGCCACGCAUCGCUGAGAUGACCCAAGGAACCGAUGGCUAUGGCUUUCUCCUCAGGGAGGAGGUGGACCAGACAGGCCAUUUCAUUAGGAGCAUAGACAGAGGGAGUCCAGCAGAGAGGGCAGGUCUGAAGGACAUGGACAGGCUGGUGGCUGUGGAUGGCCAGGAGGUGGACGGCAGCAGCCAUGAACAGGUGGUGGAUAGGAUCAGACAGAGAGGUUACAAAUGCUGCCUCCUGGUGGUGGACAAAGACACUGACAAGAUGUUCUCACUGGGUCGAGUGUCUCCUAUGCUCUUCUGGGAAGAGAUGAGAGGUUCCCUCGCCCCGCCCAGUUACACAGAGGCCAUCCAUUUACCUGCUCCUGUCCGACCAUCCACACCUCGCAGGGACAGGGGAGAGGAGCUCAAGCCUAAACUGUGUAAGAUGGAGAAGACUUCAGCUGGCUAUGGCUUUCACCUAAAUGGCAUCCAGGGGGUGUGUGGUCAGUACAUCAAAGAGGUGGUGAGGGGUGGAGCAGCAGACAGGGCAGGACUAGAGGAUGAUGACAUUGUGGUGAUGGUGAACGGUGUGAAUGUGGAGAAGAGCACCCAUGAAGAGGCGGUGGCACUAAUCAAGCGCAGCGGGAACUCCCUGGAGCUACUGGUGGCGUCGAAGAGUGUGUACGACCAGCUCAAAGCCAAAGGAGUGGCCAUCACACCCCUGCUGCUCGGGCAGACAUCCUCGGUGCAGGUCCACACAGCAGCCAAUCAAGAGGAGGAGACCAGGCCAGACACCCCUCCUCCAUCAGGACGAGUGAGGACCCCAUCUGUGUCGUCAUCUUCAUCUCAGGAAAGCAUUGAUGAGAGACUCUGA